CUUUUCGAGAGGGUGCUGAAGGUGCAUAACCGAGGAGGCCUCAUCAGCUGCUCCAUCAAAGUAAGAAGGCCGUGUCAGCUGCCGAUAUGGAAGCUCGGCUGGCCUGUGGCCUGGUGAAAGGCCAUGCCUACGCAGUCACCGACGUCAGGAAAGUCCGCCUCGGCCACGGCUUGCUGGCCUUCUUCAAGUCUGAAAAGCUGGACAUGAUCCGCUUGAGGAACCCUUGGGGGGAGCGAGAGUGGACCGGCCCCUGGAGCGACACCUCGGAGGAAUGGCAGAAAGUCAGCACCAGUGAACGAGAGAGACUCGGAAUGACCGUGGAGGACGAUGGAGAGUUUUGGAUGGCUUUUGAUGACUUCUGUACGUACUUCACCGACAUCAUCAAAUGCCGCCUGAUGAACACGUCCUACCUGAGCAUCCAUAAGACAUGGGAAGAAGCCGUCUUGAAGGGCGCCUGGACGCGGCAUGAAGACCCCUUGAAGAACCGUUCCGGGGGCUGCGUCAACAACCGGGAUACCUUCCUGCAAAACCCCCAGUACAUUUUUGAUGUGAAGAAACCAGAGGACGAAGUCUUGGUUUGCAUCCAGCAAAAGCCCAAACGGACCAGCCAGAAGGAAGGGAAGGGAGAAAACCUCGCCAUAGGAUUUGACAUCUUCAAGGUGGAACUCAACCGGAGGUACCGAAUGCACACCCUACAGACCAAGGUCGCCAGCUCCAUCUACAUCAACUCUCGUAGUGUCUUCUUCAGGAUGGACCUGAAAGAGGGUCGCUAUGUCAUCAUACCAACCACUUUCGAGGCUGGCCAUGUAGCCGAAUUCCUACUCAGACAGUUCACAGACGUGCCUUCUGACUUCCAAGAACUGACUUUGGACGAGCCCCCCCACACCUGCUGGAGUGGAAUUUGUGGCUAUCCCCAAGUCGUGUCCCAAGUCCAUGUCAUCUCGGCUUCUGGGCUGAAGAACCAAGGCGCUGAAGAAGGAGUGGAUUCCUAUGUGAUCAUAAAGUGCGAAGGGGAGAAAAUCCGAUCACCGGUCGUGAAGAAUACUGUGGCUCCAGAAUUUGAUGUAAAAGGACUUUUCUACCGCAGGAAACCGGGACAGCCGGUCAUAAUUCAGAUCUGGAAGCGCAACCUGAUCACAGAUGAGUUUCUGGGUCAGGUGGCCUUGGUUGGAGACCCGGACGAGCUUCAUCCUUUCCACAUUCUCCACCUCCAGGACAAAGGGAACAAGCGGGUUUCGGAUCUGCCCGGAAUUCUUAAGGUGCAGCUGUUGAGUAGCGGCAUCCUCACCAGCAUCUGAGAGAGAGAGACAGGCGAGGGGCUGGGGGCGGCCUUCUCUGCCCCGCGCACCCUCUCCCGUGAUUCCUCCGCGUGUGCUUCUCCCUUGUCUCCCGUCUCCUCUGCAUGCCUUCUCUUUUGAAAUGGGACCAGCCCUUCUAAGCCCAAUCGGGG